UACGCAGGUCUCGCUUGAAGAGAAAGGAAAUGGUGUGAUUUUACUCGAGCGAGUAAUAAAUUAUUUCUCGCGUUUCUGGAGGAGCGAAAAUGGCGAGUGUGAUAGGACGCAUGUAUCGGUCUGCAGUGCCAUGGGCUGUGUUGCGGAGUAGCUUUCAAAUCAAGUCUGGGUCGUCAAUUCUUGAUCUGGACAUUCGAAGGAAUUUCGUUGCCCCAUUUUCACGCCACGUCUCGGUUCUCAAUUGUGCCGUCGAAAAUGACAAAGAAGUGCCAAAGAAAGACGAAGGCGUCGAUAAGAAACCUGCUCUGGUCCUGUCCGACUCGGCUGUCUCGCGAUUGGAGGAAAUCCUGAAAGAAGACAAUUUCCUGAGAGUUCACGUGGAAGGCGGCGGCUGUUCCGGAUUCCAGUACGUUUUUUCCAUCGACAAGGAAUCUCGCGACGACGACAUAGUCAUCACGCGCGGAGGAGCAAAGGUGGUGAUCGACGAAACGUCACUGGAGUUCGUCAAAGGUGCAACGGUCGAUUAUCACCGGGAGCUGAUUCGAUCUGCGUUUCGGAUCGCGGACAACCCACAGGCCGAACAGGGAUGCUCAUGCGGCUCAUCCUUUUCUGUCAAGUUUUGAAACGAAACGACCUGUAUUUUAUUUUAAAUUUUUCUCGUGUGUCCGUCUCUCGAAGAAAAUUAGUCGUUUUCUGGAUUUUCCAACGAGGAGGAUAAGGAAACUCAUGCGAAUCGCGUGAAAAGUCGUUUAUGGAGUGAUAUACUCGUGCUUCAAAGGGAUAUUUGGAAAGAUCGUCGUGUUUUGUUACCAA